AUGUCACGUUUGCUCGGUUUUGGAUCAUUUUUCGGCGAGCAAGUUGAAGUUGAAGGCGAUAUUGAGCAGGCUUUGAAUCGUGAUGAUGGCGCAAGUCAUGUGCCAGCUACUUCAGGGGCUACUCUACUCCCACGGCCAGUUGCCUCUGCUUUGUCAAUCUUGACUCAAUCGACCUCAUUGUCUCUGAAGUUGGGGAGUUUUUUCGGCGGCAUUGCCCUUGAAGGAGCGCGAGUCACGACGCUGACAGGAUUGGAACUCAGUAGAGCAGUCAUUGAGGGGAUUCUUACAAGAGCCGGGCGGGAUAUUGCUCUUCGAAGCAGUGGAGAGCGCGGGAAAGUGGAGGCGGAGUCGUUACUCGAACGAAGUUUGGCUGCCCUGCACACCACAGUCACCUCGGCCUCGUUCUUUGCAGCCGUAACUUUCCAUUUCUCGUCAACAACACUUUCCUCUGCUGCACAUGUGUCUCAGGCCCUUUUGUCUACUCUUGAUGCAAUCCUUGGCUCGACUGAAUCUUCGAGAGCCAUUGCGGCUAUCAUAACGCUUAUUCGACGGGAGUUCAGAAGUCCCAAUGCUGAAAUCGGUACCGACAAUAUCGGUGUCGGCGACCUUCUCGUCGGAACUGUCGGCUUUGCGAUGCUUCAAAGAUGGGGGCGGAAAAGCACUGAAAGGCAUAUGCGCCUCAACGGCGGUCAUGAGACUGUUUGGGAUGUUGUGAUCUUAGACAAUGGCGCAAGGGCCGACGUCAUUGGCACUCAUCCAAUCGAGCCCGCAGGAAAUUCUCGGAGCGCGUUAGGUUCUGCGACUAGACGAUCAUCUUUCAUAUCGCCCGGCAACGAGGAGGAAAAUUUCGAUGCUGUGCAGCGGCCAUCGAGUGUGGUCGAACAUUCUGAGGUGCCCCAAAUGUUGCUUCCAGCUAGCGAUCAACAAGUCUCUGACGAAGACAUUCGCCUACACAUAAUGAGGCAACUUCCGCGGGGUUGUCGUGCUUCAAUCAAAUCCGAUGUGGUCACCACGCGGACCAUAACUGUCGAUAUCUAUGAUGACGACAAUGCCGAAAUUGCUGCUCCUCCCGGGAUGAUGAUGGUUGAGGAAAGAUUUCACAAUGACCGAUCGGAUGAAAACGGCGGUCUUUCUACUAUGCACCAACUACCCAAGCACACUGUUGUCUUCAGGACUGCUUUCAAUAAGAUACAAAAUGCGGAUGUCAGGCCGUCUCACAGGCCUGAAACCCCCAAUUCGCGAGGGCCCGGGAAUGCGAUCGAUACGAAAAGACUUCCUGCAUUACCAGCCACCUUGCUAGAUGUCAAGACGCCAAUGGAUAACGAAAAUGAUGAUACAACCAGUCCCCAUGCCCGAAUUCGCAACAGCGAAGGGUUAUCCAUUGACCAGCCUUCAACGACGAGACACAUAAAGAGUCUUAUUGAACAUGACAAUCCCCAUAAUCGGGUCGCACCAGGAUUGACUUCAACAUGUUGCUCUUCGGAAGGAACAGCAAGGGAUGUCAAGUCGGGUGCUGCAAAACAAUCCCGUGAAGUUUCCAGCAGUGGUUCUGUGAACGAACAAAGCACAGGAUCUAAAGGUGCCUUCGGGAAAGGUUCGCUGACAAAAUUGGCGCAGAAGGUAAAACCAGCUAGUGCCGGGAGAGACGAGGCUGGCAAACGAGCAGCACAACGAUCCUCUCUCGAUAAGUCGAGUGCCCAGCCGGUCUCAAAGAUUGCGACCCAGCGCAACAAGAUGCAGAAAGGGCUUCUUGGUGACAAGAAAUCCGCCCGCUAUGACACGUCCACAAGGCCAACUUUUGAGGAAAGAGCAAUCAAGACGACAGGAUCUCCCGCUGAUAAAACAUCGUUGCCGGUCGCAAACAGAGGCGUGCCGAGAUCACCCUUACAUGACCUACGAUUGCGAACCUCUCCCACUCAGACACGUCGAGCAAAAACACCGAACAAGCCCCAAAGUGAUGCGCAGACUGAUUAUUUCACUGUGCAUGAAUUGAACCAGGAGUCUUUCAUCAGCCAAUCAGACUCAUACACUCUCCGAUCCACAGGAACACGGCCAAACUCACCAGCCGCUACAAGAACCCAUGUGCGCAGUAGCAGCUCCUUGUCAUUGACGCGAUCCGAGACAGACAUGGCUGUGUCUCUCGGUGGAGAUGGCCGCCCAACUUCCUCGGGUUGGCAGCAGAGGACUACCUCGUUCGCACCCAGUAUAUACUCCUUAGCAACAGCGGGCUCGGAGACGUCACUCAUACUUGCCCAUCGUGCACGAAAGAGCGCAUACGACGACGUAGAGACUAUCAGAUCGCUGAAUCGAGACGGCAUAAUCCCCGGUAUAUUCCCCGAGCAACAUUUUGUGCAGAACAUCAGACGCUUUUGCCGAUUCUCCUCGGCCUCAUAUGGGUCGAACGCUUUGAAAGUGAUGGGUGUGACGAGGCCAACCAAGGCUGUCCCUCAUCGGGAAACCGACAGCCAGGAACACUCUGAUUUUUCGGACCACGCGGGACUACCAGCGUCAACGAUCCUCUUGUCUUCUUUCGUUGAUCCGGCGGGAGGAACCAAUGCCGCGGGCGAGACUGACAGCGGUUUCCCUUUGGUUCAUUAUGUAUGUCUGGACCAUGCUUCAAAGGCUGUUGUUCUGACUCUCAGAGGGACGUGGGGAUUUGAAGACAUUCUUACAGAUAUGACUUGCGACUAUGAUGACCUCGUAUGGCAAGGGAGAAGCUGGAAAGUUCACAAGGGUAUGCACGCAUCGGCAAAGCGCCUUCUGAUGGGAGGUGGCGGAAGAGUUAUGAUCACCAUCAGGGCCGCUCUUGAAGAGUUUCCAGAUUACGGCGUAGUGUUGUGCGGCCAUUCCCUAGGGGGUGGUGUUGCCGCACUUCUAGCCACUAUGAUUUCGGAACCUUACAGCGAACAAUCCGGAACCUCAUUUGUAACCGCUACACCUCGGUCUGCCGCGCGGCGGAUGCUCCAGGGGGACAAUGACGAUGAAGCUGAAGAGAGCCGUCUUCCCUUCUAUCUCCCCACUGGACGUCCAAUCCAUGUCUAUGCGUACGGUCCCCCGUCUGCUAUGUCCCCAUUCCUACGCCGUGCAACUCGUGGCUUAAUAACGACGAUCGUCAACGGCCAAGAUGUGGUACCAAGUCUUUCUUUAGGCAUCUUGCACGAUAUGCACACUGUAUCUGUCGCGUUCAAGAGUGACACUACUGGGGCCAAGUCGCAUGUGCGAUACCGAGUUUGGGAAGGUCUGAGGCAGAGCAUUGUUAACAAAUUUUAUGUCAACGAAGCGCCCAUGCUUCUGCACGCUGGCGAUGGCGUUGGGGAAGACGCCUGGGCGUGGAAAACAUUGAAGGCGCUUCGAGAAGAGAUGUGUGCCCCCAAGCUGCUGCCUCCUGGAGAGGUCUUUGUGGUAGAGACGAUGCGUGUUCUUCAACGUAAUGCUUUUACGUCUGACUUUGGUGGGGACGGCUACCCAAGGCUUGGUCGGCCUGCAACGAGGGUCCAAUUGAAGUUUAUCCGAGACGUCGAGUCUCUUUUUGGAGAGUUGAGAUUUGGGCCAGGAAUGUUCAGCGAUCACAACCCAGCAAGAUAUGAGGCCAGUCUGGCGGCGCUUGCACAAGGUAUCCUAGACGAUUAA